UCUGGUAUACAUCGUUCUCAAAAUGGCGGAGAAAACGAAAGCGAAACGAGCGAUUCCUGAUGAAGAUCCAGCGGAGAAAAACUCCCCGGAAGACGACGACAGUGAAGAUGACUGUAUUGGACCAAGUCUCAGCGAAGCAGUAAAACCAAAGAAGCGCAAAGUAUUGGCUUUUGAGAAAGUCUACCUGGAAGGUUUACCAAGUGCAGAAUAUUAUGAGAAAAGCUACAUGCACAGGGACAUUGUCUCUCAUGUUGCUGUCAGCAAAUCUGGGUUUAUCAUUACUGCCAGCGCUGAUGGGCAUGUCAAGUUCUGGAAGAAAUGUGAGGAGGAAGGUAUUGAGUUCGUCAAGCAUUUCAGGAGUCACUUAGGUGUCAUCGAAGACUUGGCCAUGUCCCCAAACGGGGAACUCUGUGCAACAGUGUCCGCGGACAAAAACGCAAAAGUCUUUGAUGUUGUCAAUUUUGAUAUGAUCAACAUGCUGAAACUGGGGUUUUCUCCCGGCUGUGCUGGUUGGCUGUUCAAGGGAGGAGACCCUAUCUCUUCUCUGGCCAUCUGUGAGAAAGAGACGCCCACUGUGCACAUCUAUGAUGGCAGAGGGACAAGCACGGCACUGAAAGUUCUGGAAAAACUUCAUGUUGCUCCAGUUGUUUUCAUCAAGUAUAAUCCUCAGCUGGAGCUGGUGGUGUCUGCUGAUUCCAAGAGUAUGAUAGAGUACUGGACAGGGCCCAAACACGACUACGCCUUUCCCCGGAAUGUCCAGUGGGAAUACAAGACAGACACAGACCUCUUUGACUUUGUUAAGCACAAGUGUCAGCCAGUGGACCUCGCUUUUUCCCCUAACGGUCAGCUCAUGGCUACAGUGGCCACAGAUAGAAAGAUUCGGCUGUUCAAGGUCAGGUCAGGAAAACUGUGGAAGGUUUUGGAUGAAAGUGUCCAGCGGUUCACAGAGCUGCAACAGAAAAAGCAACAGAUUGCUAACAUGGAGUUCAGUCGCCGCCUAGCCGUGGAGAAAGAUCUAGAAAGGUCACCAAGUUUCCACACAAGUAACGUGGUGUUUGACGAAAGCGGCUACUUCUUGCUCUACGCUACAAUGCUUGGAAUCAAAGUGAUCAACUUACACACCAACUCGUGUGCUUGCUGGCUGGGUAAGACUGAGAACACAAGGUUCCUGCAGCUAGCCUUAUUCCAAGGGGCGGGGAAAGCGGCCCAAAGAGUGGACGUGGAAAUGGCCGCCUCGGACAACCCGGCCCUCAAGAAUGUCUUUGUGGACCCUCUCCUGGUGUGCACGGCGUUCAAAAAGCCGCGGUUUUACUUCUUCAGUCGGAGAGAGCCCGAUGACUCAAGAAGUAUGGAGAAUGAGAGAGAUGUGUUCAACGAGAAGCCAUCCAAGGAGGAGAUAAUCGCUGCCACACAGGACGCAGCCUACCUCAGAGUGUCGGACAGCUGCAUCAUUCACACCACCAUGGGAGAUCUUCAUUGCAAAAUUUUUGCUUCUGAGUGCCCAAAGACAGCAGAGAACUUUUGUGUCCACAGCCGCAACGGUUACUAUAACAACCACAUUUUCCACCGAGUCAUCAAAGGCUUCAUGAUUCAGACUGGAGAUCCUCUGGGCAAUGGGACUGGCGGUGAGUCUAUCUGGGGCGGAGAGUUUGACGACGAGUUUCACCCAAACCUACGUCACGACCGCCCGUACACAAUGAGCAUGGCUAAUGCUGGACCAGGGACUAAUGGCUCGCAGUUCUUUAUCACUGUCGUUCCUACACCGUGGCUGGACAACAGACACACGGUGUUUGGCCGGGUGGUCAAGGGCAUGGAGGUCAUCCAGAACAUCAGCAACGUGAAGACAAACGCCAAGACAGACAAGCCUUACGAUGACAUACGGAUCAUCAGCAUCACUGUCAAAUAAUCUCUCUCUUAAAUAAAUUUGACAUAAUUGUUCAUCUGUGUCGUCUCACACUCUAAGCCGAGAAAAUGACCGGGACUUCUAUAUAUAAAUACAUAGAUUUGUGUAUGUAAUGGUUUAUGUAAAUAAAAUGGUGAAUAAAUGUCUUUUUUACAAAUGUC